AAAAGCAUCACUCACGCACGCGACGUUUUUCGUGAAAACUCACGGCGGUUGAACAUUGCGCGUGAAGCUGGCAGCUGUAGACAUAUUGAUCCAUGUGUGGCGUAUUAAUCGCCUUGUUAAUGAUGAACAAGAAAGUGAGUGUAACGUGGGAGCGGACAGGUAGCUUGUUGCGCAGCUCUCAGGUCAGCUGGUAGCAACUCACCGACCACAGAUGGGAGCGACUUUGUUGAAUCAUGCGUGUUGACAGCGGCACUAAACCACCAUGGGAGGUACAAUGUACGGCCAGAAGCAGUCUGACAUUGUCCAGGAAUGUAUGAACCGUGUACACACUUUGUAACUGGGACUAUCUGAAGAAGCUUAAAGUUGGGGAGUAUUUCGGGAUAUACGCCGCUGCUGCUCUUCCACUCUCCCGUCCUGGGACAGCCGAAGCCACUUUACUCAGCGUCUGGUUGAAUCCAGAAUUUCGCUAUUCCUGACAUUGUCUUUCGGGCGCUCGACGAUUUAGAGACAUAAAUGAUGAAGUUUAAGCCCAACCAGACCAGGACGUACGACGGCGAAGGGUUCAAGAGAAGGGCGGCGUGUUUGUGUUUUAAAAACGAGAAGGAGGACGAGGUGCUACUAGUGAGCAGCAGUCGUCAUCCAGACCAAUGGAUUGUGCCAGGAGGAGGAAUGGAGCCUGAGGAGGAGCCCUGUGGGGCCGCCGUCAGGGAGGUGUACGAAGAGGCCGGUGUGAAGGGGAAGCUUGGCAGACUACUCGGGAUUUUUGAGCAAAAUAAAGACCGAAAGCACAGGACGUACGUCUACACCCUCAUAGUGACGGAGACACUGGAAGACUGGGAGGAUUCUGUUAACAUUGGAAGAAAGAGGAAGUGGUUCAAAGUUGACGAAGCCAUCAGGGUUCUGCAGAGCCACAAGCCUGUUCAUGCAGAGUACCUAUGCAGGCUCACAAACACCUGUAACUCCGCCUGCAAUCCUGUGUGUAGCCCAACUCACAGCAACGCCCCGAGCUCCCAAGUGAUGCACAACAACACGCCUCACUAUGUGUUUUGCUCCACACAGGGCUCAGAUGUAGCCAACAGAUAGGACAAGCAGCUCGACACCGGGAUAAAAGAAAGACUUUUGCAUUACUAACGCAGCCUCUUAAUAUGUACAGCAUGGACUUCCUUUAAGUUGAUGUGAAACCCAUUUUGAGGGAGUGGCAAAAUGUUUUCCAAGUUUUUAUAUGUAUAAUUUUUAACAACCAUUACCAGGUGAUAGAGCAAAUUGUGUCCCUUUUUUAAAGUGUUCAGCUUUAAAUGGAUUUUCUCAGUGUUCUGCUUUAUGCAAUGUAAAGGUUCUUUUUAGUCUUCAAUGCAGAAUAUUUUACUAGCAGUGCACGCAAGUGUUUGGGUGGUUUCCUCGGAAGUGUUUGCUUUUAGAGAGAGUCAUAUCCCCACAAUGACUCAGUGCCAAAAAAUGCCCUAAUUUACUGCAGUUCAGUUUUUUGUGUGAAUUGUUAUGACACGUUUUGGGAGUAAAACAUAUGUCACCUCACUA